UGAACCGUCCUGCGUGAUCCUGCGUGAUCCUGCGUGAUCCUGCGUGAUCCUGCGUGAUCCUGCGUGAUCCUGCGUACCCCGUCUCCUCGCCGCUGCUGUCAGACCUACAGUGACUCUGCACCAUGAACUUUUGCUGGACCUGAGAAGUUUGCAGUGCAGGAGUGAAAUGUUGCUGAUGGGCACUAGCUGAUCCAGAGAAGACCUGUGUGAAGCAGACGGCGACCCGAGAGGAGGACUCUUUAGUCUGAAGGAUUUAGAAGGUGUCGGCUGCUGUUGUCACCUCAAGGUACAGGAAGAGAUCAAAUCAAAAAAGAAAAUUGCUUCCCUUUUUUCUAGUUUUCACCCCUGGACCACGAUGGGUUCAGAUGUGCGUGACCUCAACUCCCUGCUGCCCCCGGUACCGGCGGGCCCCAGCCCCGGCUGCCCGGCCCUGCCUGUCAGCACGGCCCCUCAGUGGGCUCCUGUCCUGGACUUCCACUCCGCCGCCCCCCCUUACUCCUCCCUGGCGGCCCCCCACACCUCCCUGGGGCCGCACUCCUUCAUCAAGCAGGAGCCCAGCUGGGGGGCCACCGGCGACCCCCACCACCACGAGGCCGAUCCCCACUGUGGCCUCAGCGCCUUCACUGUGCACUUCUCAGGACAGUUCACGGGCACCGGGGCCUGCAGGUACGGGGCGUUCGGGGCCCCCCCUCCGCCGGCGGCCCCCAGCCAGCCACCACCUGUGGCCGGCCCGCACCACCACCAGCCCCCCAGCAGGAUGUUCAGCAACCCGCCGUACCUGACUAACUGUAUGGACACGCAGACGGCAGCCCGCAACCAGACAGGUUACAGCACAGUGGCGUUCGAUGGAGCCGGUAAUUACGGCCACACUCCUACACACCACAGCUCGCAGUUCUCCAACCACUCCUUCAAACACGAAGAUGCUUUGGCCCAGCAGAACACAAUGGGUGAACAGCAGUAUCCGGUACCUCCUCCUGUUUAUGGAUGUCACACACCUUCAGACAGCUGUGCAGGCAGCCAAGCCCUGCUGCUGAGGAACCCCUACAACAGCCAUGCAACAGGCUACGACAGCGACCCGAGCACCCCGAUGGUGUACAGCUGCAGCACGCAGUACCGCAUACACACACACGGAGUCUUCAGGGGGAUUCAGGAUGUGCGGCGGGUGCCCGGCAUCGCCCCGGCCAUAGUGCGGUCAGAGAGCAGUGAAAAACGUCCGUUCAUGUGCGCCUACCCAGGAUGCAACAAGCGCUACUUCAAGCUGUCCCAUCUGCAAAUGCACAGCCGCAAACACACAGGGGAGAAACCUUACCAGUGUGAGUUCACAGACUGCGGCCGUAGAUUUUCCCGCUCUGAUCAGCUUAAGAGACACCAGAGGAGGCACACAGGAGUUAAACCGUUCGAAUGCGAGACGUGUCAGAGAAAGUUCUCUCGAUCUGACCACCUUAAGACACACACACGGACUCAUACAGGUAAAACAAGCGAGAAGCCGUUUAACUGUCGGUGGCCGAACUGCCAGAAGAAGUUUGCCCGGAGCGACGAGCUGGUGCGACACCACAACAUGCACCAGAGAAACCUCACUAAGCUGCAGCUUUCCAUAUGAGGUGUUUUUAUUUGUAUUUUUUGCCCCAUGUAACAGUUUUAAAUGUAACCAUGAUGGCUACAUCUGUGUAUUUUGCUGUUUUUUGCCCAUCCAAGCUCUAAACACCAUCAUCUGUUCAGUCUGGUGCAGUUAAAGUUCUUAGAUUUAUAUCACCAUCAGUGCAUAUCUCAGUUGUUGGACUGAAAAGGUUUGUUUGUUGGGGUUUUUUUGUUGUUGUUGUUUUUAAUGCACACUGUAUACUAAAUCUAACUGUUUCUGAACCUCUGAGAUAUGUAAUGCCAUCUGCCCUUGUACCAACUCGUCCAAAUAGUCGUGUGUCAGACUCUCUUAUGACACCUACAUGUAGUAAACUGUUGGCUUUGUGUGCAUUCUCGCUCUGUGCAUCAUCUUCCACAUUGUUGAACUGUUACAGACUGAAAGUUUGUGCUCUUACAUGAAAUUAUUCUCUCAGCACUGGACAGCAGCUGCAGAGCUUGCUGCUGCAUUGUGAACACACCUUUACACACAGUUGUUGCUCAUAAUAGCCGCUUUAUUCAAAAAGGUGUUCAAGUUUAGACACAGUACAUUACCCCCCCCCCCCAUGCGAAGGGUCCUGGUUUACUUUAACGUCCAUCAUUUCACAUUACUGCAUGCUGAAAAAAAAUCCUGCAAAAGUGUAAUUUAAGUGUUACAGAGCAAGCAAAUCCUUGGUUUGCAGAGACAGACAAUCCCAACAAUUCUUGCCAGCAACUGGGUUGGUACGUAAGCUAAAUGCAGAUCUGCCUAAACUCAGGAAAAAUUCCUUCAUCUUAAUAUUAAACACACACUGUCUUGCAGGGGAAAACAAACACAAAAUGGGCAUUACUUAGUAUGUUUGUUACUGUCAAUAUAUCCCACAGAAAAGACCAAAUUCAACAAACACAGCUGAGGGGAGCGAAUGCACCACGUAGUUCCAUCAUUCAUGAAAAUUAGUCCUCGUUCCUCGUCCAGUGAAAUGCUGCAUCAUCUCCAUUUGUCCGUAGCAGGACUGUUCAGUUAAAUUCCUUUGUGUUUACCUCACAUACGUACUAAACUGUCACGUUUAAAAAAUCCUUGUGAUACUCUAAGUUGCUUUUGGCCCCUGAUAAGCACCUUCGGGAAUAUUCCUGAGUUAAAUCAACCCCAGGUCUGUUACUGGACAGUAGUGAGUGUAAACUUUCAUUGUGUUGAACUGAUAGAGUUUUAAAUUUAGAAGGGCUUAACUCAAAGAGUAAGCAGCAAUGUCAAAAUGAACUCCAGUUCUCUGAAAGCAGGGGCCAUGAACUUUUCCCUUUGUGUCUGUUAACUGUUUUAUGUUCAACGCUCUGCAGUCAGUUUGUACAGAGUUAAGAUGCUGGCACAGCCUGUACAAACAAUCCUUUUUAAUUCACUUUUCUACACACGUGAAGUUAAAAUGACCUUGGUUUAACUCUUAAGUGGAAUGAUGCUUUUGUGUCUUAUCAGAGACUUAAAAUUGCAGUUAAUUCU